GCGCUCAGUCGCGCUGCCUGCCACGGGUCCGCGCCGCUGGCCCGCCGCCCCGGGACCCUGCCGCCCCGCCGGCCGCCCCCCGCCCGGCCCCGGCCCCGGUCCCGGUCCCAGCGCAGCCCCCGCCGCCCCCCGCCGCAGCCAUGUCCAAGCAGCCGCGGGCCGGCCGGGAGGAGAUCCUGGAGUGCCAGGUGAUGUGGGAGCCUGACAGCAAGAAGAACACGCAGAUGGACCGCUUCCGGGCGGCGGUGGGCGCCGCCUGCGGCCUGGCGCUGGAAAAUUAUGAUGACUUAUACCACUGGUCAGUUGAAUCAUAUCCAGACUUCUGGGCGGAGUUCUGGAAAUUCAGUGGAAUUGUCUUCUCACGCAUGUAUGAUGAGGUUGUGGACACAUCGAAAGGAAUCGCAGAUGUCCCUGAGUGGUUCAAAGGCAGUCGUCUAAACUACGCGGAAAACCUCCUGCGGCACAAAGAGAAUGACCGAGUUGCCCUGUACGCUGCAAGGAUGUCUCUACCGCCGGUCCCUUUUCUCUUCCCAGGGGAAGGCAAAGAGGAAAUUGUGAAGGUGACGUUUGAAGAGCUGCGGCAGCAAGUAGCUUUGUUUGCAGCCGCGAUGAGGAAAAUGGGCGUGAAACAAGGAGACCGGGUGGUCGGUUAUUUACCCAACGGUGUGCACGCCGUGGAGGCCAUGCUGGCUGCCGCGAGCAUCGGCGCCAUCUGGAGCUCCACAUCCCCAGACUUCGGUGUGAAUGGUGUUCUGGACCGCUUUUCUCAAAUCCAGCCGAAGCUCAUCUUCUCCGUGGAGGCCGUCCUGUAUAAUGGCAAAGAGUAUAGCCACAUGGACAAGCUGCAGCAGGUGGUGAAAGGACUUCCAGACUUGAAAAAGGUGGUGCUGAUUCCUUACAUUGCCUCGAAAGAGAAGAUAGACAUUUCCAAGAUUCCAAAUAGCGUGUUUCUGGAUGACUUUCUUGCAACCAGGAAAGGCGAGCAGGCCCCACAGCUGGAGUUCGAGCAGCUGUCCUUCAGCCAUCCCCUCUUCAUCAUGUUUUCGUCAGGCACGACCGGGGCGCCCAAGUGCAUGGUGCAUUCCGCUGGGGGCACCCUCAUCCAGCACCUGAAGGAGCACGUUCUUCACGGCAACAUGGGCAGCGGAGACGUCCUGCUGUACUACACCACGGUCGGCUGGAUGAUGUGGAACUGGAUGGUGUCCGCUCUUGCCACGGGGGCGGCCGUGGUCUUGUACGACGGCUCCCCCCUGGUGCCCACGCCCAGCGUGCUCUGGGACCUGAUUGACAGGAUAGGCAUCACCAUCCUUGGAACAGGUGCCAAGUGGCUGGCCGUCCUUGAAGAGAAAAACAUGAAGCCAGUGGAAACCCACAGUCUCCAGACACUUCAUACGAUCCUGUCCACCGGCUCCCCUCUGAAAGUCCAAAGCUAUGACUACGUCUACAGGUGCAUCAAGAGCAGUGUCCUCCUGGGCUCCAUCUCAGGUGGCACUGACAUCAUCUCCUGCUUCAUGGGCCAGAAUUUUUCUAUUCCUGUGUAUAAAGGGGAGAUUCAGGCCCGGAACCUGGGCAUGGCCGUGGAAGCGUGGAACGAGGAAGGAAAGGCAGUCUGGGGAGAGAGCGGCGAGCUGGUAUGCACCAAGCCGGUCCCCUGCCAGCCCACGGGCUUCUGGAACGAUGAGAACGGGAGCAAGUACAGGACGGCCUAUUUCUCCAGAUUCCCAGCCGUGUCUGUUGACGAGCAUCCUGUUGCUGUCCGGCCUGCCAUGAGCGUCUGUCCAGGCAGCUGGUCAGGACCCCUUCUCCUCGGGGUGACUGAGCACCUCUGCCUCCCUGCAGGUGUCUGGGCGCAUGGCGACUACUGCAGAAUCAACCCCAAGACUGGGGGCAUCAUCAUGCUGGGCCGGAGCGACGGCACGCUCAACCCCAACGGAGUGCGAUUCGGCAGUUCGGAAAUCUAUAACAUUGUGGAGGCCUUCGAGGAGGUGAUGGACAGCCUCUGUGUCCCCCAGUACAACAAGGACGGGGAGGAGAGGGUGCUCCUCUUCCUGAAGAUGGCUUCCGGCCACACCUUCGGGCCUGAACUGGUGAAGAGCAUCCGCAGCGCCAUCCGUGUCGGCUUGUCUGCUCGGCAUGUGCCCAGCCUCAUCCUGGAGACCAAGGGCAUCCCGUACACCCUCAACGGCAAGAAAGUGGAGGUGGCUGUGAAGCAGAUCAUCGCUGGAAAAGGCGUGGAGCACCGGGGGGCCUUCUCGAACCCCGAGACCCUGGAUUUGUACCGGGACAUCCCAGAGCUGCAGGACUUCUGAGUCGCACCGGCUCGGCCAGCACCCUGCCAGUCGCAUCUGUGCUGUGACUUCCGUGGGCUCAGGAUGUUACUUUGGGAAGGCAAGUGUCCACAGGCUUGGAGAAACGUCGUGUCUGUCCCGCACUUGCGUCUGGUGGCUUCCCCACGUCGUCCCGGGCCACGUCCUGACCUUCAGAGGCCGAGAGGGAGCGUUUGGUUGUGUGUGUGGCGAGGCGUGGAGAGUGUGCGUCUUUGCACAAGUGUUCUUGCACGCGCUGCGAGGAGCCGGGGUCACCCGGGCGUGGACGGUUGUGGCCGAUGGCCACGGUCACGGCCACGCUUUCCGCACGGGCUGGCGCUCUGGCGGCGGCGGUGCCCCUCUGAGGAGUGAGCUUGCCUUCAGCCUUGGGCCUGUAGUCCCCUUUGCUCUCUUCAGGUGUAAAUCUGUGUCUCCCUUUUCCGUGGGUCUCCUGGCUCUGGCUGUCGUCCCUCAGGGCCUGGCCGUCCGCUGUGGCACGUGGACUGGUCCCCGGCGGCCGACCACUCCUGCGGGUCUGGUGCAGCCACGUGUCGUGCCCACCAGACCACGCUGCCUGGCGAGCAGAAGCUCCCGCUUGACAACUCGUGGGUUUCGUGCUUUAACAGGGUCUCCUUAUUUCAUGGACUUCAAAUGGUUUAAAAAUGUUGUCACAUUCGCUAUCCGGUGCGUGUGGGUGCUUGAAAACUGGAUGUCCGCCCUGCGGGGUGGAGUUGCUCUCGGGGAAGCGGCCGGCCGCCCGGGCAGCGGUCACGGGUCCUCCUGCGUCGGGGCUGCCUGGCCUCAGGGGACACGGCCUCGCUGCUCCUCCCCCCGCCGGGGGCUCUUGGAACCUCGUGUGGAAGCUGUGUUCUCAGCAGCUGUAAAUCGAGUCACGGGUUAGAUCACCGGGCAGUUCGUAUGUACUCUCAGUUCAGCACGUUAACGAAUUCCUGUAAUCCUCAUGUUCGUUUUGUAUUUUUAAAAACUGAGCACAAUGAAGACCUUUUUCGAAUCCCUUUUCUUCUGGAUUAUAAAAAUACAGGGGGAAAGCACUAUGAGGAAUUUAUGCAAUAAACGUCUAUAUAUAUACAUUUAUGUGCACACA